GAGAAGAGGAUAAAAGCAUUGAAGAAUAUGGUUUCGAGAGAACACAACAAAGGUUCCUCUCUGCAUGAGAAGUUUCAACUGCUUCGUUCAGUCACUAACUCUCAUGCUGAGAGCGAAACAUCGAUCAUUGUGGAUGCAUCCAAAUAUAUCAAAAAGCUUAAGCAGAAAGUCGAAAAAAUCAACAAUGCGACCACGUCAGAGCAAUAUUUCUGUGAUCCUACCGAUCCAAUGGUUACAGUGGAAACCCUAGAGAAGGGGUUCAUGAUAAAGGUAACGUCAGGGAAGAAUGAAGCAGGCAUGUUGGUUUGUGUUCUUGAAGCUUUUGAAGAUCUUGGGCUCGAUGUUGUUGAAGCUAGGGUUUCAUGUACGGACUCAUUUAGCUUUCAUGCCAUUGGUUCAUCAGAUAAUGAUGAUGGAGAAAGCAUGGAUGCUGAAACAGUUAAACAGGUAGUGGCAGAAGCAGUCAAGACCUGGAGUGAUAGCCAUGAUCCAAAAGGGUAAAGACCAGAUCAAGGAUUCAUGAAUCUCUCUCUAUAUAAUUAUCCAUUUGUUUGAGUAAA